AUGGAUGUCAAGCUACCCGCCAUCGACUGGGCGGCCGCCUUCGCCUCCCGGCAUUCCCCGCUGAUCAGCGAUGCCCCCACGGGCGCCUCCUAUCUCCUCCCCGGCGCCCUCCCUGUCAUCCUGGUGGAGCAGGCUUCCGCGCUUCCCCAGGCCUUGGAGGCGCUGCGGGCCUCCAUGCGCGACGAAGUCCUUGGCAUCGAUCUGGAGUGGCGGCCGUGCUUCACUGCCUCUGCUGCAGAGGGCAGUCGUGUGGCGCUCAUGCAGCUGGCCUCCAGUCACCUGUGCGUGCUGGUACGCCUGUGCUGCAUGGGAAAGACCUUCCCACACUGCCUGCGCAGCCUCCUUUCCGACCCCAGCCUCGUCAUAGUGGGGUAUGCCUGGGACGGGGCCGACGAGAAGCGCAUGCGAUGCAGCUAUGGCCUGGGACGCAACCUCUUCCAGCGGUACUUUGACGUCCAAGCUGUGUCAGAGAGCCUGGGCUACCAUGGACUGGGCCUGAUCUCCCUGGCUCGACGUGUGCUCCAGUGCGACGCCUCCAAGUCCAAGAGGAUCACGAUGAGCAACUGGGAAGCCCGCAAGCUGGGCUGCAGCCAGAUUCGAUACGCAGCGCUUGACGCCUACCUCACCGGUCACUUGUUCCGGUCACUGCGCCUGUGGCAUGGGUCCCCGUCCGCCUGCCUCACCUGCGCCAGCGCCCUGGGCAAGGUAUGGUAUGGGAGCUUUCCGGCUUGA